AUGUGCGCGAAUGUCUUCGGUGUUUUGAAACGCCUGUUUGGGAAGCCCUUUGAUGGUGGUAAGAGGAAUAUGGAUCAUGGUAACCAACCACAGACCCACCAACAGCAUCAACCACAGCAAUACCAGUUCCACAUGCCUGGGGUCUUCCAGGCCUUCGCUGGGGCUCAGGGCAGCGCAGAGCAACACCCGGCCCUGUCGCGGCUGGAAGAGGUGCAUCGGGAGGUGGGUGCUCUAGGGAUGCAGGUGCAGUCCUUCAGUGGCCUACAGAGUGACCGCGAAUACAAGCGGCUGGAGCGAGAACUUACCAGACUGCUCCUGGAGGUUGACCAGGUGGAGACAGAGGGUCGUGCAGAACUCCAGCAGGCCCGCAAACGAGUGGCAGGAGAGGUGGAGGGCCUGCUCCGGUACCUGGAAGGCAAUGCCACCCACCCCUCGCGUCUGGCCAUUGAGGAGCUGAGCCAGGAGGCACAGAACCUUCUUCAAUCCAGCGUGGUCGGCCCACACCGUCAAGGACAAGCCCAGGAGAUCAGUGCUGAGAGUGGGGAGGAGCUGGUGGAGGCAGUGCAGGAUGUGGCUAUGCGACUGGCCCAAGUAAAGACUGGCGGCUCCAUCCCUCUAAGGAAGGCGCGUUACAGGGCGCUCACACGUGUCUGCGCCGUACAGGAGGUGCUGGAGGGCCGUGUGCAAACACAGAUGCUGGCAUUGCCCCUUUCAGAUGACACUCAUGAGGCUGUGCAGCAUAUCAACCAAGUGAUGGUGAAAGUGAGUGGUGCCCGCUGCCAGCUAGUAGCACUGCUGAUGGGGCUGAGUGGUCGUGACAGCUGUGCCCACCUGGCACGGAUCUUGAUGGAGUUGCUGGUGGAAUUGGAUGCACUAGACGUGUCCAGCAAUGCUGCAGUCAGGAACUACAGGAAACAGGUGGUGGAGGAGAUCAAUGGAAUGCUUAAACACCUUGACCUGGAGGGCGAGGGAGAUGAUACACGCAGAUACGACCUGGCACAGAAUGAUUCCAUUCGGGAGAUUGAGGCCAUCCGUGGGCGGGUCUCCCAGCUGCGUGGGGAGGUCCUUCGGCAGGGCGUUGCUGGCCAGGGGGCAGAGCUGCAGGGCCUGCUGGCCCAACUGGAUGGCGUGGACACAGGUCGGAAUCCUUGCAUUCGAGAGGCAAGGCGGCGAGCUGUGUUAGAAGUCCAGGCUCUGAUUACUUACCUGGAUCUGCAGGAGGCUCUUGCCCGCAGGCAGCCUGGGCUGAAUGAGCACCCGUCGCAUGCUGCCGUGUGGCGUGUGCUGGCUAGCCUGUCGGAGCUGCAGGCCCAGGUGCUGGGUUUCGAUGGCAAACGGGAUGACAAGAACUACAUGAUGCUGGAGGAGCUGCUGACGAAACAGCUCCUGGCCCUGGACGCAGUGGACUCUCAGGGCGACCAGAUGACCAAAAUCGCUCGAAAACAGGCAGUCAAAUACGCCCAGAAUAUCCUCAGCUACCUGGACAUGAAGACAGAUGAGUGGGAAUACUGAGAACCAGGAGAAGGGGAUUUGGACAUUGGGAAUGUUUUCUUUGAGAGAGGAACACUGCCUUGGACAAGCGGAAUAGUUUGAUGUGAUUUCUUAGUGCCAGAGGGGAUGUCGGACAAGAUUUUGAUUUUGGCAAUGGGAUUUGUAAUUUGUACAUAUUAGAUCCAUUUAGCUCUGAGGAGCAAGGGUCUGUAAAUACAAACUUUUACCCAGUGUGCACUACAACAGCUGCUUUUUGAUUUUGUCUCCUUAUUGCUUGUGGCUGAGCUGAGGACAGCAAGAGAUUGUUCAAUUACAGCUUUUUUCCCCUGUGAAAUACAUUUA